AUGUCGACUGCCCUCUCAUCCUCCAAGCAUGCUAUCGAAGACGACUCCGAGCGUGAAUCCCUCGUCGCCCAAGCCGCGGAUGACCCGGAAACUGCCGAAACCACAGUGCUCCAAGGCAAGCCUUCGCCGCGCUCCGUCAAUCGCUUCGCCCCUCCUCCUGAUGCCCCCCACACCGACAUUUCAGCCCUGUCGCUCUCGUCUUCUCCCGCUGUUUCCUUCGAGGUACCCAUUGUCGACGAAGAGGAGAAGGGUCGGUUUCGCAUUUUGGUGCUGAUGAGCGAUACGGGCGGGGGCCAUCGCGCCAGCGCCCAAGCACUGGAGGCCGCGUUUCAAAAGCUGUAUCCGGGCGCGACGGAUAUAUGUACGGUGGAUUUUUGGAAGAGUGUGGCCGGGUUUCCGUUUCACAACUUUCCGCAGCAGUACUCAUACUGCGCCAAGCGGCCGUUUUUGUGGCGGUUUUUGUACAUGUGGGCCAAGUUUCGCCCCACAAGAGCUUUGACCGAGUUUGCGUUUUCCCUCUUUUGUCAUUCCAAGGUGCGCCGCUAUUUUGAGGCGGCCGAGGCCGAUUUGAUCAUAUCUGUUCAUCCCCUGGUGAACACGUUGUCGUUGUCCGUACUGGCGUACAUGCGCGACUUGUACGGACGGCCCACGCCACCAUAUGUGACGGUGGUGACGGACUUGGGCGGGGCGCAUCCGACGUGGUUUGACGGGCGGGCGGAUUUGACGUUCGUGCCGAGCGAGCCAUUGCAGGAGAUGGCGUUGGAAAACGGGGUGCAGGAGGAUAGAAUACGAAUGCUUGGGCUGCCAAUCCGGUCAUCGUUUUGGGAGGAGUCACGGUCGAUUGAUGAGCUGCGUAAAGAGCUCGGGAUGGCGCUUCACGUACCGACGGUGCUCCUCGUGGGUGGUGGGGAUGGGGUUGGGGGCAUCGGGGCGAUUGCGGACGCGAUCGCAGUGAAGAUUGCCGAGGAAGUGGGGACGUCGGGGGGCCAGCUGGUGGUAGUGUGCGGGAAGAACAAGAAGCUGCUUGAGCAGAUGCGGGCGCGGUCUUGGCCUGUGGCGGUGAUUUUGAAAGGGUUUGUGAACAACAUGAGCGAGUGGAUGGCAGCGUGCGACAUCCUGUGCUCCAAGGCCGGGCCGGGGACGAUCGCGGAGGCGUGGAUCCGAGGGUUACCAAUCAUCCUGACGGGGUUCCUGCCGGGACAGGAGGAGGGCAACGUGCAGCUGGUGACCGAGUCCGGGUCCGGGGAGUUUCACGCGUCGCCGGCGGCGAUAGCGGCGUGCGCGGCGCGUUGGGUGAGCGACCCGGAGCUGCGCGGGGCGGUGGCGGGGCGCGCGACGAGCAUGGGGCGGCCCUCGUCCAGCAUCGAGAUCGCGCGAGACGUGUGGCAGCUCGGGCAGACGCGGCUCCGCGAGCGCGAGGCGUUCCGGUUGCGCAUGCUGCAGACGCCCGUGCAGCACGUGCCCAACGGGUACAUCGCGAUGACUCGCUACUACCUCGGCAGCGCGGUGCGCUCCGUGCAGCGCGUAUUCAUGGGGAUGUUCGGCUACCACGACGCGCAGGCGGCGCGGCCACGGGAAUAG